GCAAGCCCUAGCGCUAAAACCCUUGCGGCGGCUACCUCCCUUUUCCCCACCCCGCCCCCUCUCGUCUCGCCGGCCGCCGCCGCAGGCGAAACCCCUCUUGUCCCCGCCCUCUCCACCACCGAAUCUCCACAGGUUACGGGAGGGGUAUUUGGUUUGUAUCAGCUGAGAUAGUCGCAGGUUACUGAUUCUAGGAGGAUAUGUUGGUGCUAUUCGAGACCCCCGCGGGGUUCGCCCUCUUCAAGGUGCUCGACGAGGGGAAGCUCGACAAGGUCGAGGAUCUAUGGAAGGAGUUCACAACAUCCGACUCGGCGAGAAGGGUGGUUGAGCUUAAGGCUUUCAACAAGUUUGAGAACACAUCUGACGCUCUGUCUGCUGCGACCCUGAUUAUUGAUGGCAAGCCUAGCAAGGGUCUGCGCAAGUUCUUGCAGAAGCACUGUGAGGGUGAAACAUUAGCUGUUGCUGAUUCCAAGCUUGGAAAUGCUAUAAAGGAAAAGCUGAAAAUUGACUGCCUUCACAAUAGUGCUGUGAUGGAGCUGAUGAGAGGGCUGAGAAAUCAGCUCACUGAGCUUAUAACUGGGCUGGGUGCACAAGAACUUGGUCCGAUGAGCCUGGGACUGUCCCACAGCCUGUCUAGGUAUAAGCUGAAGUUCAGUCCCGAGAAGGUUGAUACCAUGAUCAUUCAGGCCAUUGGCUUAUUGGAUGAUCUUGACAAAGAGCUUAACACUUAUGCUAUGAGGGUUCGUGAAUGGUAUGGUUGGCACUUUCCUGAGCUCACUAAAAUAGUCACAGAUAACAUACAGUAUGCAAAAGUUGUGAAGAUGAUGGGCGACAGAGCUAAUGCAGUCAACCUUGAUUUCUCUGAGAUACUGUCAGAUGAAGAGGUGGAAGCACAGAUAAAGGAGGCGGCAGUAAUAUCCAUGGGAACAGAAGUUAGCGACCUUGACUUGUUAAAUAUCAGAGAGCUAUGUGAUCAAGUGUUGGCUCUUUCUGAGUACAGAGCCCAGCUGUUUGACUAUUUAAAAAGCAGGAUGAACACUAUUGCUCCCAAUCUGACCGCACUGGUGGGUGAAUUAGUUGGUGCUCGCCUUAUUGCGCACGGUGGCAGUUUGGUAAAUUUAGCCAAGCAGCCUGGUAGCACAAUCCAGAUACUCGGUGCAGAGAAGGCUUUAUUCAGAGCUCUAAAGACGAAGCAUGCUACACCUAAGUACGGCCUCAUCUACCAUGCAUCCUUAAUUGGCAAGGCAUCUCAAAAGCACAAGGGAAAGAUCUCUCGUUCUCUUGCUGCGAAAACUGCUCUUGCCAUACGGUGUGAUGCCCUUGGUGAUGGUGAGGACAACUCCAUUGGCACUGAGAGUCGACUCAAGCUUGAGACACGGCUUCAAGUUCUGGAGAACAAAGAAUUUGGGAAAUCUGCUGGUUCCACAAAGGGAAAGCCUAAGAUAGAAGUGUAUGAAAAGGACCGGAAGAAGGGAGCUGGGGCUUUAAUUACUCCUGCUAAGACAUACAACCCUGCCACUGAUGUCGUACUAGGACAAUCCACUGAAGAAACACCAAAGAAGUCAGAAUUGGCUUCAAAGAAGAGGAAACAUCAUGAGGCGGAGGCUGCACAGACAACAGAGCCUGCAGCGGAAGCAAUCCAGGAGGAUGGUGAUCAGGAGAGGAAGAAAAAGAAGAAGAAGGACAAGGAAACCGAGGCGACUCCAGUGGCUGCUGCUGAUGGUGAGAAGAAAAAGAAAAAGAAGUCCAAGGAGAGCGAGGAGCCUGCUGUGGCUGCCGCCGAAGGCGAGAAGAAGAAGAAAAAGAAGAAAUCUGAUGUGGAUGGUGAGGAUGUUGUACUGCAAACUGCAGAGUCUGGUAAGAAAGACAAGAAGAAAAAGAAGAAGAAGCACGCUGAUGAUGAGUGAGGCAUUCACCGGAGAAGGGAGAGCCAAGGUGCCCAAGGUUGGGACUUGCUGUUCUGUAAAAUGGAUAUUACAGGCUAGUAACCAUGUUGAGAUUUAGUUUUUUUUUUGGAACCCCGGUUUUCAAGUACUAGCUCGAUCUGGACGAUCGAUGAAAUUUAAAUUUUGGUGCCGCUGUCUCAAAUUACCAUGAUUGUUUAUGAA